AUGAGUUGCAACGGAUGUAGGGUCUUGCGGAAGGGAUGCAGCGAGAGCUGCGUGUUGCGCCAUUGCUUGGGGGGAAUCGAGGGCGCGGAGGCGCAGGGCCAUGCGACGCUGUUCCUCGCCAAGUUCUUCGGCCGCGCGGGUCUCAUGGGCUUCGUCACGGCCGUCGACGAGGCUCAACGCCCAGCGCUAUUCCAGUCGCUGCUCUUCGAGGCGUGCGGGCGAACCAUCAACCCGGUCUUCGGAUGCGCGGGGCUGCUCUGGACGGGCCAAUGGCACCUCUGCGAGUCCGCCGUCGAUACCAUUCUCCGAGGCGGCUCCAUCCACCCCAACGCCAGCGCCGGCGCUAAUGGCGCCGCGCCAGGAAGCGUAACAGCCGGCGCAGCAGUCGCUGCAGCAGCGCCUCCGCAAUCCUCCGCGCUGCCUUCCGCGGGAGUGACGCUGCCGUCGUCUGGGUCCGUCGUGAUGGUCCCCACCCCCGCGUCCGCGCCCGCCACGUCCGGUACGACGUCCGGAACCACCGCCGUCGCCGGCGCAGGCGCGUCGUCCCCUCCGCUCCCCGUCGCUGGCGCCCCAGGGUUGGCGAACCACCGCCUUGGGAUCUCCGCGUCGCCGCUUCCGGCGCUCCCGGGCGCGACGGCGGCGUCCGCGGCAUCGUCGAUGGUACCGUUCGGAAUGCACCCGGGACACGUACAGCACUUGCAACAGCAGCAGCAGCAGCAACAACAGCAACAGCAGCAGCAACAACAACAGCAGCAACAGCACAUGCAGCAGCAACAGCAGCAGCAGCAGAUGAUGCAUCUACAGCACAUGUACGCGGCCCAGUCGAUGUACCAACCGGCUAGCGCGGCCAUGUACCAGCAGACCAUGGGGAACGUCGCGAUGGGGUCGGCGGCAGCGGCGACGGCCGCAGCCAUGGAUAUGAUGCAGCCCGCCGCCGCCAUGGCGUACUGGCCUUCCGCCGCGCCGGGCCCGCCGCCUUUUCCGGGUCUUUCCGCCGUCCCCGGGGCCACUGCGCCCGGAUUGGCCCCCGGGAUGAUCGGCGCUGCGGUCGCGCCGCCUGCGCCGGGGAUGAUGCACGGAAUGGCGAUGGCCGGGAUGCAGCCAAUGGUGUGCGGCCAGGUGGCAGGCAUGGGUCAGUCUCCGUACAUGGCGGCGGGCCAGCCCGGGGGAUCAGCGGCUGAGGCGGCGGCGGCGGCAGCGGCGGCGUAUCAACGGGCGCUGUACCAGCAGCAUUACGCGCAGCCCGCGCACGCGCAUGCGCAUGCGGCGGCGCAAUCGGCGCAACAGCAGCAACAUCAACAGCAGCAAGAUGCGAACGCGCAGCAAUCUCAGGACCAGCAGCAACAGCAACAGCAGCAGCAGCAGGCGGAACAAGAUGUCGCGCAAGCUCAAGAGCAAGCCAACUGCGCGGGAGUAUCCCCCGCGCUCGGCGCGCGGGCGUUCUGUCCCCCGACCACCACCGCCGCGGAUCCCCGCUCCGCCGGGUCGUGCGCGGGAGCGCGACUCACGGGCAGAGGCGCAGCUUCCCCGGGUGCCGGCGGACCUGGUGGUGCGGGGCUUUCCGCCAAAGCCCCCGCGCACAUGGGGUUCGGCGGAGGCGCUUGGGCGGCGAGUUACGGGGGAAUAGGCGCUGGGGCAGGGGGCGGAGGCGGCGCAGCGAUGCUGAACGGCCCGACUCCAGUGGGGGGCAUGUGGGAGGCCUCCGCGGGAACUAGCGCGUUCGCGAUCCCCAUCCCCGCGGCGUUCCAACCGCAGACGUUUGCGAAAUCCGGCCUGCUCGCACCGGCGCGACUGUCCGGAUCGACAGUGUGCCAGGCGCAGAGCCCGUCGGGGUGCCUGUCGCCCGUCACGAGCGGAACGAGCGGGACGAAAACGAGUCGCAGUCCUGAGGAGACGAGCCCCUGCGGAAGCCCGCCGCUGGUUGCUCCGGUUGCGCGGCGGCCGAAGCUGGUGCACUCGCCGAUCUCCGCGGCUGCGCGAUUUGUGCCGCGCGGAGCGGGCGUUUCCGUCCCCCGCACGGAUUUUGCGCCGGGUGUGGGAGUGGGUGGUGAGUGGGAAUCCAUGGGCUCCCCAAGUGCUGCAGAGGUGCUGGACGGACCGCCUCCUCUUGCUGCAUGCUCCGCUGCUGCUUCAGAUGAUAGCAGGAGCAGCAAGCGGCAACUGCAACAGCAGCAGCAGGAGCAACAGGAGCAGCAGCAGCAGGAACACCAGCAGCAGCAGCAGCAGCAGCAGCAGCAACAGCAGCAGCAGCAACAGCAACAGCAGCAGCAGAAAGAGGAGAGGUCAGGGGGACUGCUUCAGCUGCUGUAA